AUGGUGAAGCUCCUCCCUAGAGGGAUAGAGAUGUUGAGAACUUCAUUCCACUGGCAUUUGGGUACACUUGAGUGUAUCAAUUUUAUGGUUUGUUCUGUGAAUAAUUGCUUAUACGAGCAGCAUCCUGGAGGUAUGAAGCCGAGCUUUGUGGUGGUGGUGGUGGUGGUGGAGGAGGAAAUCAAAUCAGAUUUUUUGCUCCCACAGAUGACGCAUCCUGGAGGUAUGAAGCCGAGCUUUGUGGUGGUGGUGGUGGUGGAGGAGGAGGAAAUCAAAUCAGAUUUUUUGCUCCCACAGAUGACGUUUCGUGCAGAUAAAGAAGGGAUUUUCACGAACGGCUAUAUAAGGUGUAUGGUUCUAAAUCCUCGUG